AUGGAGAGUUCAGAAGAGGCUCAAAAACAAAGGUCUCGCGCACACCGGCGCAAAACCCCAGUCGGUCUCGUGGGCGUCGGCUGCGUUACCCACUGCCUUGAUGACGUUCGUCAUGGUCUCCGAUGGGCUGAAGAAACUUCUCCCGAGACAUACGAAAAAGCUCUUGGAGAUGCAGUCCGGGGUUCUCUCCGGUACGAAGUAGAAGAAAUUCUCAUGUACCUCCUAGACGAGGAAAACGCUACUGUGGGCUAUCUAAAUCCCCAAAGAUUGUUUGACAUGAAGUCCAAGCCUCUAUGGUUAGAGGCGGUGGAGCGAGGGUGGGACGCCGGCCAGCUUGGCUCAACAUUCAGCCACGAAAACUUACGAUUCCUCGACCUGGCCUGCAAAGACCUAGAUCUGGUACGCUGUCUCUCGACCAUGGGGCGAAAUAGACGAUGGCAAAAUCGAUGA